CCACCGCCGUAAUCGACUCCCUCCCAGGAACCAUGGCCUCACCACCGCACAUCCCCCAACUCAACAUGUCGAGCAACCGCAAGCGCGGCAGCAUAUCCUCGCACUCUGGCGCGCCGCCGAAAAAGCGCAAGCCGUCGAACCUGCGCAACGCCUUCUCUCCCGACGCAGAGUCCAUCGGCGGCAACUCCCCCCGCCAAUACUCGCGCUCGCCGUCGGUGGAAAGCAACAUCACGACAUCUGUCGUCAAUGGCAUAGGCGGAGGCAAGAAGCGCCGCAAGAAAGGCGGCGAUGGCGCCAGCAUCGCGGGAUCCAGCGUCAGAGGCGGUAAAGGCGGCGACGGGCGAAGCGCCAUGGGCGGCGAAGACGAAGAGGGCGACGAGGCCGAGUACGACGACGAAGACGAAAUGGGCGACGAAAUGAACAUGGAGAUUGAAGGCGGCAUGAGCGUGGAAGCGCGGCGAAAGCAAGAAAAAGAGUAUGAGCGAAUGCUCGAAGACUUCAUGACACCCGCGCAAAUGGACCGCUACGCAACCUACCGCCGCAUCCGCCUGAAGCGCGAAACGGUGCGCAAACUGGUCAACCAAACCCUCUCGCAAUCCGUCCCGCAACCCAUCAUCAUCGCCGUGACGUCGUACUCGAAGACGUUUAUCGGCGAGCUAAUCGACCGCGCCCUCACGGUCCGCGACGAGUGGUCCGCCGUCCGCACACACCUGCCGAAUCCCGAUUUGCCGCCCCCGAUCCUCAGCCAGAGCCUCGGGCGGCCCAGCGCGCACAUCAAGGACCCGCGCAAUAAGCCGACGAAUACGGAUAUCCAGAGCGCGGGCUGGUACUUGAAUCAGGUGGAUCGCUCGCAGAGUCUGUGGAACGAGGUCGAGGCCAAUGCCAGUCUGCAGGAGAGACUGAGGGCCUGCGAUAAAGGCCCGUUGACGCCCGCGCAUUUGAGAGAGGCGCUGAGGCGCUACAAGCGCGAUCGAGAUGGUGGUGGGGCUGGCUUUGCGGGUAUGAGUCUUGAGGGCGUUGAGAGGACCAUGGGUAGGACGGGUGGGAAGAGACUUUUCAAGUGAGAUGGACAUGGACAUGGGAUACAGAUUCUCCCUUUUUUUUCAAACAUGCAUAGCGAUGGCGUUUGGGCAUCUCAACAUACAGACAGACACACUCAUGGCGUUGGUAUUACAGUGAAUAUUCAACGCGGCAAGCAGGC